UCUUAUACAUUCUCAUGCAGUUGAUUUCAUGAAUCAGUUUAUCUUUAGUCGUAGUAUAAAUUUGGCCUUGACCACACAUACCACACAUGUUGACAUUCUUGCCGCCCUCAUGUUUCAUGUCCUUAGAAAAUGCAUGCAUCCUUCAUCAUUUUUCCUCACUAUAUAUAACACAUGCAUGAUUUAAGCUAUAGUCCACAAGUGUUACCUCAAGAAUAAAUCAAUGGAGAAACAUGAAGUGUUAUUGCCUAUCUCAUCUUCACUUGAUGCUUCUCCUUUUGAACCUAAUCCGGGUAGUGGCUCUAAUGUUCAUGUUCAAAAUGAAGAGUUUCUAAAAUCUAAAAGGAAGGAGACAUUGAGCGAGAGAAGUGGCAAGGAAACAAUGAAGCACAAAUAUGUAUUUCAAACAAGGAGUCAGAUUGAUAUACUAGACGAUGGGUUCAGGUGGAGAAAGUAUGGGGAAAAGUUGGUGAAAAAUGGCAAAUUCCCCAGGAGUUACUACAAAUGCUCUUAUCGAGGAUGCAAUGUAAGAAAACAAAUCCAAAGACAUUCCAAAGACGAGCAGAUCGUGGAAACAACUUAUGAAGGGAUGCAUGUUCACCCUGUCGAAAAGACAGCUGAAAGCUUUGACCAGAUCCUAAGAAGCUUUAUUACAAGCAAUCAACUAAAUAAUGUAACUCCGAUAUAAUGUUGUACAAAAUUUUGGUAAUUUGUCGUUGAUGAGUAACAUCUCUCAGUAGAUAUUCCCUUUCAGUUCUGAAUAUAAUGUUUUGAAACUAUAUGUAUUAUUUACCCUA